AGAUUUUUAUCGAUAUUUUUCAGAAAAUAUUUCGAUAUUUUGAUAUAUUGAUAGUUUUUGCCCAAUCCUACCUAGUAUCGAAUACAAAAAUAUUGUUCGAUUUUGUGCAUCAAAGAGUACAUAUAUAUACAUACUCUAAUCUGAUAAAUAUUAUUUUAUUGCUGUUAUCAAAGUGAUUGAUUAUUUAAGGUUCAGUUAAAUCAUGAGUUGUUGUGUAAUUUUUUACGAGAUUUAAUUAUAAUUUUAAUAAAUAACUAGUUUGAUACUGCCAAUAGAUAAUUCUCUGUUUUUAAGGUUAGGGAGGGAACAAAGUUCGCUAUGUCGGCAAUAAGGCGAAAUGUAAACUUUAAACUCUUUACUAUUCUCUCACAUAACCGUAAUCCACAAAUUAGUUUGCGGAGAAACUUGAACCUUCAGGAGUACCACAGUAAAGAUCUCUUACGAAAAUAUAAUGUUACUAUUCAGGACUUUCGUGUUUUAGACACAAGUUUGGAUACAAAAUCUCUUUCAGAUUUAAAAGCAAAUGAAUACGUAGUGAAAGCCCAAAUUCUAGCUGGGGGCAGAGGUAAAGGUCAUUUCGAUAAUGGAUUCAAAGGAGGCGUACACCUUACCAAGGAUACCAAUGAAAUAGUAAAAUUGGCAAAGAAUAUGAUUGGCCAUAAACUGAUAACCAAACAGACACCAAAGGAAGGUGUUCAAGUCGAUAAAGUAAUGGUGGCAGAAAGUGUUAACAUAAAGAGAGAGACUUAUUUCAGUAUUGUAAUGGAAAGGAGUUACAAUGGUGCUGCUCUAGUAGCAUCACCGGCUGGAGGCAUGGACAUUGAAACUGUUGCUGAAGAGACACCACAUCUGUUGAAGAUUGUUCCCAUUGAUAUUUUUGAGGGUGUUUCUGAUAAAACUGCUGAUGAAAUAGCUGAGUUCUUAGAGUUUAAAGGUGAAUUGAGGAAAAAAUGUGCUGAAGAGAUUAAAAAACUUUGGAAAUUAUUCUUAAAGGUAGAUGCAACGCAGCUGGAAAUAAACCCUUUGGUAGAGACAGAUGAUGGAAGAGUUGUAGCAGUUGAUGCUAAAAUCAAUUUUGAUGAUAAUGCAGAAUUCAGACAAGCAGACAUUUUUGCCUUGGAUGAUGUCACUGAAACUGACCCACGUGAGAGAGAAGCAGCAUCUCAGAACCUAGUGUACAUUGAUAUGGAUGGCAGUAUAGGAUGUAUGGCAAAUGGAGCUGGUCUUGGUAUGGCCACUUUAGACUUGGUCAACUUAAAUGGUGGAAAGCCAGCAAAUUUCUUAGAUCUAGGAGGUGGAGUUGGCCCUUCCCAAGUUGCAACUGCAUUGAAAAUUUUAGAAUCUGAUCCAAAAGUCAAAUCUAUUUUCAUUAAUGUAUUUGGUGGUAUUGUCAAUUGUGCUACUAUUGCAAGUGGGAUAGUAACAGCUUUCAAACAAAAUCCCCCAAAGCUCCCUAUAGUUCUACGACUCGAGGGAACAAAUGCAGCAGCAGCGAGAAAAAUUCUAGAGCAAUCUGGUGCUCCUGUUAAAUUAAUGGAUAAUGUUGAUGAGGCAGCUAAAACAGCUGUAAAAUUAGCUGGAAAUUAGAUUUAUAGUAGAGAUACAUGCUAUAGACUUCAUUAUGUUGACUUUGUCUGUUUUAUUUUUGACUUAAACUCAAUGUAUAGGAUGAAUAUUAACAUAUUUUCGACCUGUCUAUGUACAUAUUAUGAUAUAUUGAUAGUGAUUAUCAAAUAUGCAAUAUUUUGU